GUGACAAGAGAAGGCGGGACGCUCACUGGAAACACUUAUAGCUUUGUCCUUUGCUUUCUUUUUUUUUUGGGUGUACAAUGUGAAAAAUGAUCCUCUGACGAGUAGUUGCCAUGUUUCGGAUCGCGGGCACGAGAGCCGCUUUAAAGGCUGCUAGCGCUAAGUUGCUACAUGACACCUGCACAAGACACUUACACAGUACCUGCGAUGUGGCCGUGGUGGGCGCCGGCAUCGUGGGCUUGGCCACCGCCCGAGAGCUCUUCCUGCGACACCCCGCCCUCACCUUCACUCUGCUGGAGAAGGAGAAAGAGCUCUCCACGCACCAGAGCGGCCACAACAGCGGCGUGAUCCACAGCGGCAUAUACUACACGCCGGGCUCGCUCAAGGCUCGGCUGUGCGUGCGAGGAGCGGCGCUGGCCUACGAGUACUGCGACAAGAAAGGACUGCCCUACAAGAAGUGUGGAAAGCUCAUUGUGGCAGCGGAACAGGAGGAAAUCCCUCGUCUCAAAGCGUUAUACGAGCGAGGGCUGAAGAACAACGUGCCAGGACUCAGCAUCGUGGACGCCAAAGGAAUCAGAGAGCGAGAGCCGUACUGCAGGGGCGUCAUGGCGCUGAACUCCCCAAACACGGGCAUCGUGGACUGGCGGCAGGUGGCGCUGCAGUACGGCAAAGACUUUGAGGAGGCCGGCGGCAAGGUGGUCACGCAGUACGAAGUCAGUGACAUCGCCAUGGUCGCAGAGAGCCCCGCAGGGGGCACUGAAGGACUCAAAUAUCCAAUCGCCAUCAAAGACAAGAAGGGCAAUGAGGUGCGCUGCCGCUACGUGCUGACCUGCGGGGGGCUCUACUCGGACCGCCUGUCGCAGAUCUCCGGGUGCAGCCGGGAGCCUCGCAUCGUCCCUUUCCGAGGCGACUAUCUGGUCCUCAAGCCGGAGAAACACUACCUGGUCAAAGGCAACAUUUAUCCCGUGCCAGACCCUCGCUUCCCCUUCCUGGGCGUCCACUUCACGCCGCGCAUGGACGGCAGCAUCUGGCUGGGACCCAACGCCGUGCUGGCCUUCAAGAGGGAAGGAUACAAGAUCUACGACGUCAACGUGAGAGACAUGGCCGACGCGCUCGCCUUCAGAGGGCUUCAGAAGCUGGUGUUGAGGAACAUCUCUUACGGCAUCGGCGAGAUGUACCGAGGCAUCUUCAUCGGGGCGCAGGUCAAGCUCCUGCAAAAGUACAUUCCCGAUCUGUCUCGCGGUGACGUGCUCAGGGGUCCGGCCGGGGUGCGAGCGCAGGCGCUGGACCGCCACGGCAACCUGGUGGACGACUUCGUGUUCGACGGCGGCGCGGGCGACCUGGGCAGCCGUGUGCUGCACGUGCGCAACGCUCCCUCGCCCGCCGCCACCUCCUCGCUCGCCAUCGCAGAAAUGGUCGCCGACGAGGUGGAGGGCCGCUUUGCGCUCUGAUCGCGAGCGUAUUAAGAUCCUCGAGUUUGACACCUGUGAUUCCGAGUCAACUCUGAAUCGUGUUUUCGGAGCGGUCGGACCCUUUCCGAUGUGUCAGCAAGUGCAAUUUCCUCUUCUAUGGUUAUCAUCAUGCUUCACAGGUAGUCCUAGAAAAAUAUAAACACGCACAAAAAAAAAAAAAAAAAACCCAAAGAAAAAACAAAACAUUUUGAAAAGAGUUAACCCUUAGGUCCGCGGGUAUGCUGGAGUCGAUCCCAGCUGACACCCUGGACUCCUCACCAGCCAGUCCCGGAGCGCACACAGACAAAAGAAGACUUCACAUUCUCGCCUACGGACCAUUUUGAGUCUUUCAUGAAGCUAACGUACAUUUUUGGGGAUGCGGGAGUACCCGGAGAAAAGCCACUCGACGAUGUCCAGUCAUUUCAAAGAAAGAUGCAGUCGUCACUUCUGUGUCCUUUUUAAAAUGAAGUCAAGCUUGUCGACCGCACACACGCUGUGCAGAGUGGGAUUUAUUUGAAUGAAAAGCAUUAUUUUUAGAGGUGAGGGUUGGAUUUUCACUGCGGUUCUGUUUUGUGGAAUGCUUAAUCGAUCUAUUUUUAACGCGAUUUAAUGAAACUAGUUGGGAUGAUUUUUCGUCCUCGACGUGACGAGGACUCAGGCGGCCCUCCCUCGGAGAGAAAAAUAUAUUUGUCGUCCAUCUACAGUGACGCUUUCUGUUUUUCUUUCUCUUCUUCAUCAUGACUGCCAAGUGUCGCGUCACUGCAGCGUCACGUGCCACUCAGGAAGUUGCCAUGUCAUAUUUACACACACUCAAGUCAUCAUGUUUUUGACUGAUGACUGUUACUGUCUUUUUAUACAAUAAAGAUGCAUUUUUCAAUGGGAAA